AUGACUCCGACCACGGGACUGGUUAUCACAGGCCUCCACAGUCUGGAGUUCCAGAAGACGGUGUACAGGCCCCCGGGGGGCAGUGAGCCGCGCUUCUUCCAGACCAUCCUGCUGGACGGGGAGGUGGUGUCCCAGUGUCAGAGCCCCGAACUCAGGGAGCAGCUCCAGCAGCAGUGGGCAGACCUGGCCUUCAGCUCCAGUGAGAUGGAGAACAGAGACCAGGCCUGCCAGGCACAGUACUACGAGAUGAUCCAGUGCCUUCAGGAGAUACAGCAAGUACUCAACAACACAACAGCGGUUCUUCAGAGGCGUCACGGCUGCUCCUUUAACGACACAACACUCUUCCCGUUGGAGCAGUGGGGCGUCAACGGUGAUGACUUCCUGACCUUUGACCCCCAGACCCAAACAUGGCUGCCACAGUCCAAGAUGGCCGCCCCUACAGCACUACGGUGGAACAGACAUCUGCUGAGGAACCAGAUCCGUAACCACGUCUACAGUCACUUCAACCAGGACGGCUGCCGCGCCACUCACAGCAGCCUGCACAGGAAGAGGCUUGCCUGGGGACAGGAAGUGACAUCCUCUCCCCAUGCUAUUGAUGUCCAAGUUUUUGCCAAACCGAUCCCUGACAGUUCCGAAUCAUCUCUUCAGUGUCAUGUGACCGGGUCUGACCUAUCAGGAGUGACGAUCCAGCUGACCAAAGAUGGAGUUCCUCUCUACAGGGGAGUAGAGCUGAUUGGUCCACGGACCAAUGGGGAUGGAACCAAUCAGAUGAGAGUCCAGGCCCUGAUCAGCAUGACAGACACAGAGGGCUACCAAUGUGAGGUCUACAGAGAACCUGGUCAUCACUCUUCUGCCACUUUGGUGGGCGAAAGGAUUUUCGCCAGAUCAAAGCCAGCACAGCGACAGGAGGGCAAUGUGAAGAGGGUGUGGGGCGUGGUGCUGUGUGUGGUGGCGGUGGGGGCCAUUCUGCUCAACACUCUCCUACGCUGCAACUGCCUCAACAAGAAAAAGCAGCAGUGCAUACCCACUGUUGAGGAGCAGAUCAAGCUCUAUCUCCAGAUAGUCUUGUCCAAUGAAGAAUACGACAAGUGGAGGAAGAUCGCCGACAACUUCUACGGAAAAUAUGAAGAGGUGCUCAGACAAACUCGUCUGUAAACUGGUUGCAGGUUCAACGGAAUCAUUUGUGUCCUUGAUGUUUGUUUUUGCAUUGUUUUUUUUCUCGUUUUGUUUUGUAAAGGGUGGUGAAGUAGAGAGGAAGGGCUGCUCAGACAAUGGUAGUCUUGGGAUACGUUUACCCUAUGCCGUGAUAGUGUUUAGUUUGGGGACCCAUAUACCUGGGAAGUCAUGGGUAAGCAGUUAGGACGCCAGACUCGUUGCCCAAAGGUUGACAGUCUGACUCCCGAAUUGUCAGGUUGGUGGGGAGACUUGUGCUCUCCCCCUCGUCCUCCAUGACUGAGGUACCCUGAGCAUGAUGCCAUCCCGCCGCACUGCUCCCUUGAGGCUUCCCCCUUACACGGGUGAGGCAUAAAUGCAAUUUCAUUGUGUGCACUGUGCAGUGAUAUAUGGAGUGCUGCGUCACAAUGACAAUGGGAGUUUUCCAGGAGGGCCUUUGCUUUUUUAAUACAAUGCUAUGAUAAGGGCCCUUUAGUGCUGGUUAGCUAUGACAUGGGCCCUUUAGCACUAGUUAGCUAAGACGAUAUGCUAUGAUAAGGAUCUUUCAGCGUUAGCUAACUAAUACCAAG